AUGGAGGAACUUCUGUUACCGAACGUUGGGGAGGAGGUGCGCUCUGACAACAGCUCGUACGCGCCUGGAAAUGCAGAGAGGACGAUGGGGGACCAAAUGAAGACUUUCCUCCUGAAGGGGGACCUGAGGGCGGUGACGAAUUUCUUUAAGAGGAAUGGGCUGCUCACGCUGUCAGUCAUCUCUGUGAUCACCGGCUGCACGCUAGGCUUUAUAUUGAGAGGAAGUCAGAUGUCUACACAGAAUCAGGUGGUGAGGGUGGGUAGAUGCGUCUCUAACAGCAUCCCCAUCAACACAGGAGCACCUCAGGGAUGUGUCCUCUCGCCACUGCUCUACUCCCUCUACACUUCAGACUGUGUGGCCACCCACGGCUCCAACACCAUUGUGAAGUUUGCUGACGACACAGUGGUACUAUUUUCUAAGUCCCCCUCUGUCCUUGCCUUGCUGUGCAGUUUAAUGUCGGGUCUAUCAUCGAUGGAGUCGAAGGCAUGUUGCCGAAUGGGUGUCCUCACCGUCACAUACUACCUCUGGACCACCUUCAUCGCCGUAGUGGUCGGCAUCUUUCUCGUGAUCAUCAUCAAACCAGGUGUGGGGACAGAGGUGGAGAGCAACCGGCUGGGUGGCGGGCCUGUCAUAACCUCGGCUGACGCCCUCCUCGACCUCAUCAGGUCUUGAAUCCUGUAACUAAAUAUGAUUUUCUUUCUUCAGUACAAAACAGACCUGAUUCCCAUCCUCAAAGUCCCAACCAAAACAAUUCAGCCCAACUUUGUCUAUGUGAUCCCUGAUGACAAUGACCCCAAAGGGCACAUGGUGUACCUCGAGCUGACUCCUCCUCCAGAUGUCAUAUACAAGACAAGUCCAGGCAGCAGCCAGCAGAUGAAUGUCCUUGGCAUCGUUAUCUUCUCUGCAACUAUGGGUUUGUUGCUGGGCAGGAUGGGAGAGCGAGGAGUCCCACUGAUCAAUGUCUGUCAGUGCAUCAACGAGUGUGUCAUGAAGAUCAUCAACGCUGCUGUUUGGUAUUUUCCAUUUGGGAUUAUCUUUUUGGUGGCGGGGAAGAUCCUGGACAUGCAGGAUCCGAGCACACUGGGGAAGAAGUUGGGCUGGUACGGCGUUACUGUGCUCACCGGGCUCUUUGUUCAUGGACUUGUCCUCCUUCCUCUCUUCUACUUCCUUCUCACCAGGAAGAACCCCUUCAGCUAUAUCCGUGGCCUCCUGCAGGCCUUGGUCAUCGCCCUGGCAACCUCCUCCAGCUCUGCCACACUGCCUAUCACCAUGAAGUGUUUGUUGGAAAACUGUCAUGUGGACCGGCAAAUCGCUCGUUUUGUUCUCCCAGUGGGUGCCACUAUCAACAUGGAUCCUGUGCCGUCCUACGGGACACAGACUCCACACAAAAACUCCAACACGGUCGAUGUGCCAAUGACGGAGAUGCACACACACAAAGACAGCACGUUCGAUUUGACGGGUGACUCGGUGAGCCAGAUGAAUGCACACACAGUCUACUACAACAUCUGCCAGGUGUAA